AUGCUGGUGACCUAUUUGGAAGCCAGCCGUUACCUUUGCGAGACGGACUCAAUUUUUAUUGGCGCCGCGCUGGCAGUCUGCCGUAUCAUAGGCGCCAAGAUUUCCACGGCUGGACGCGCUACUGGUCAUAGUAGCGCUAUCCCAGCAUGGAGAAGAAGAAUUGAGGAACGUAUCGCAAAUUGUGCGCACCGUCAGGUGGCGUUUGCUGGGACAAAUGUCAGUUUGUCCCAGCCGGAUAUAACGCAAAAACUGAAGCAGAGAAUCGCUGCUUGGGGAAAGCGGAUUCGGCGAUAUACCGAGAGGUCGACACGGUUCAACCAGAAUCGUCUCUUCCAGAGUGAUCAGAAGAGGCUCUAUGAAUCAUUGGAGCGACCAAUGGUAAGUGGAACGGGUCCAGCACCGAAUCAGGCCGACACUGUAGCAUUCUGGCGCGGCCUGUGGUCAGAGCCCGUAAACCACAGCGAGGGCCUUUGGACGGAAGUUGUGGCCAGUCAGUGUGCGGGUAUCACGGCCAUGGACCCCGUCACCAUAACGCCGGAUGACGUAGCUGAGGCGGUCCGUAGGGCCCCGAACUGGAAAAGUCCGGGGCUUGACGGGCUGCAUCACUACUGGCUGAAGGGGUUCAUGGCACUACAUAAUACCUAUUGCUUAAAAUCUUCUAACGAUUAG